AUGAGGGGGCAAAUGUCGGGGGCAGUCAAUAGAGAGAAGGUGGAGGAUAUCGGAAAGUCAGCCCCCAGGCUGGGGAGAGCGCGAGUCGCAUCCUUCAAGCGCCCCACUUGCCAUACCGAGUGCAAGGCAUCCAUUGAGCAGCACGAAGUUUACCAAGUCGAGUCCAAGGUCCCUCCUCGAAAGGUUUGUGUAGAUCCGAGCAAAAGCCAAGUACUUUGUCGCGAGUCCCGCACCGCACAUACUAGACCUCAACCCCAUGUCUCAAGCAGGAAUGAACGUCCCAACAUGCGUCAAGAGCUAUGGGGUGAGAUAAAGCGACGGAUGAGUAACAAGGUGAGGAGGCGUCUAUUGAGCAAGGUACCCGACUCCUCCACUUGCCCUGGCGGCCCCUUCAACUCGGCAACGUCUCCAGUCUGCCCAUCAACAGUCGCGCGCAAUCCUUCGAAAGCAAGGGUGUCGAUGAAAUUGUACAUCGACAGAAUUUCAGCUGGCAGUGGGCAAGCCACUGUCUCUUAUAGGAACGCCUGUUUCCAGAAAGUCGCUAGGACGUUUCCCCUAGACUACGUUAAAGUCUACAACGGUCUGCAUUGGGUUUUGUACUGGUACCUCGAUAGGGACUUCGUCGAUCAGUAA